GUUCCAGGGCGUCACUGAGCUACACAGCAGAGGUGACAUGGAGCGACAGAGAAACAAAGAAGGAGUACCCACCUAUGCUGGGGAACCGGAAAGACUAGCGUUGUACAAAGAAGAAGCCUUGCAAUAUGCAAUGGGGCUAGAACACAAAAAGAGAUACCUUGCAGGGCCAAGGUUACUACAAGAGUUGACAGGGGUGGCAAAGACAAUCACCCGGACACAGACCUUGAGGGACCCACAGUGGCUGAGCCAUCCCCGAGGCGUUUACCAGCUACUUGAGUUCCUAGAAACUGAGAUAGGCAAACCAUCUCUAGUAGAAGCAAGCAGACACGUGAUGAAGUUCUUCUACGGCAUGUCUAGGCACAAAGGCGAGAGCAUGACAGAGUGGAGCGCAAGACAUGCAGAAGGACUAUGGGAGGCAUCCGCAGCUUUGAGGCGUGUGCAACGAGAAUAUGGAGGACAACCAAAGGACACACCAAAGCCUAGUACCACCUACUCGGCAAGCUAUGGGCAGCAAAGCGGGUGGGACUGGGAGUCACAAAGGUCAGCAACAAGUGGACCUUUCAGAGCUGAUGGAAGGCUUGAUGAAGAUGACGAAGAUGGUGAUGAUGCUGAUGCUCAAGGGCGAGGUCGCAAUGUCUAUGAAUGGUGGCAUGAAGAUACUCGGGGCUGGGAUUGGUCCCAAUCAGGGGGAACCUGGUCAAAGGGAUCUUGGAGGUCCGCAGACUUCGAGCCUCCAGCUCAUUGGGAUGUGAGUGAGGAGAUUUUCAUCCCGGAGUUCCUGGCUGGAUUUCUUCUCUUACACAGGUCAGGACUUGACCCAAAUGAGAAGGCCAACAUUCUGGGGGUGAUCAAGGGCGAGUUCAAUACUCGCACAGUCAGCCGAGCCCUACGUGAACAGUGGUCAGACCAGGAUUUGGCCCGACGUGACAAACUCAAAACCGGAACGGCCUACAUGACUGAGAAUGAGCCCAAUGAAGACGAAGCCCUGGACGCAGAAGAAGGGUGUCCAGACUAUUUGAAUGAAGAGGAGUUCCAAGCUUACGUCACGGAGGAGGAGAAGAUCCAAUCAGCCAUGACGGCCAUCCGGGCCCAGAAAGCGACGCUUCAAGAGGCACGCUGGAAACAGCGUCAAAUCAAGCUGGGUAGGAGGUUUUACCCAGAGAAACCCUAUGAGAAACAGAACACCGGAGGUGGCAAGGGAAGCAAAGGCAAUGUCCAGUGUUUCCGCUGUGGAGGCCCACACUUCAAGGACAAGUGCCCUCUCAACCAGACCAAGCAGGCACAGGUCACAGAAGAGGCAGCAGAGAUAGUCUUUGGUGCCGAAGAGACAACACAGCAUGCGUUUCAGGGAGAAGGAGACCUACAAGGAGGGGGGGUGAAUGAUGUGGUGAGCCAAUGUAUGGGAGUCAUUGACUCUGGGGCGACUGCAUCCUUAGGAUCAGUAGAUGCGAUGGAACACAUCAUGAAACACAACCUCUCCGAGAAGGGCACGAGCCGCAUGGAGGUGGACUUUGACAGAAAGCCGGUGUUCAAGUUCGGGAAUGGGGCCAGAAAGGAAUGUCUAUCUACUGUGCAAAUGUCAGUAGAUGCAGGAGCCAAAAAGGGAGCUAUGGAGGUGCACAUUCAUGAUGCACCCCAACAGCCAGUCUUAGUGUCAAGGAAGGCAUUGGCCUCACUUGGUGCUACCAUCGACUUUGCCAGCAACAAGGUGAUCUACUCUAAGGUGGACCCGACCAUGGUGGUGCCUUUGACCCAAGCUCCAAAUGGACACCUACUGAUGCCUCUGACCGGAAAUUUGCUGACAGGACAAACACCGCUCCUUCCUAGCCAUCAUGCCUUUGCCUACGACUCAUCAAGGAUGGGUGGACAUGUAUCGAGCGGUCGGACCUGGACACUUGCACAACUUCGAGCACACUGGGAAGACGUGAAAGUGACGUCCAGCAUGAUGGAAGUGGACACCUUGGAAUACCAGAUGAAACAACUCAAGAAGGCCAGCCGCAAAAAGGGCAAUCUUCUGGAGUUCUUGGCAGACCAGGGAGUCCAUCCAAGCACCAAUAUGACAAUUGCCCAGUUGAUGAACUUUGGGGAAAAGGAGAUCACUCAGCGAUUCGAACCGACAGAGACAGAGUAUGUGGGGUUUGGCAAACACGGCAACCUCACCUAUGCACAGAUUGUGGACCAGCACCCCUCUUACCUUACUUGGGCCACCAAGGAGGUUCAGGAGUCAGACGACCCUGGAUGGAGACUGGUGAGACUGGUGAGGUGGCAUGCCCAGCAACGUGCCAAGAACAAGGUGAAAGGGAAGAUGACAACCCCAAUGUCCCCAGAGAUGGACACCAAGAGCCAGGGCAGUUUUUCCUUGAUCAGCGAGUCACCACACAUGGAAGAGAAGGCAGAGUUGGAGAAGAUGCGAAUGAUCCUCAACCAGAAAAUGCUGGAGGUGCAGGAGAAAGAAAAGGAGUUGGAGAAGGAGAAGGCAGAAUUCGACCAUACCCAGAACCGUCACAAGAACCGCAAGGAGAUAGCACAACCAGCAGAAGAAGAUGUGGACAUGGGACCCGCAGCACACAUCAGCGACAAGGAGAAGCAAGAGAUCCUGCAUCAACUUCACAAAAUACAUCGCAAUACGGGACAUGGCAGCAAAGAGUCGUUGAUCAAAGCUCUAAAAGACAGAGGAAAGAGACCUCCGGAGAACUACGACCAGGAAGCAUUAUUUGGCUUCAUCGAGCAGGUAAGACAACCUGAUCCACAACGACCUCGUAUUGGCGAGGCAAGCAGUUCCAAUUCAGCGGCAGCAGCACCCGAAGAGGACACAGAUCUACAGGCAGAGAUUUUCUAUUCUGUAGAAGAACAUCGAACUUGUUUUGCCGUUGAAUGGGAAGUACCAGAUACAAGAAGAGGCAUCAAGAAAUUUUUGAGAAAUCCUGAAGCCUAUGUGUGUAGUCAAAUGAGACGGAAGGCGGUAGAGGUCAGAGAGAACAGACUGACACAAGAGGAGGCUUUGCGUUUUCACAAGGCCAAGGAGAAGGAGGUGAAAAAUUUUAUUUCUUCUGAAUGCUUUGAAUUGAUCAAAGACAGAUUGCCUGAGGAAAAACAUAUCGUCGGCAUGAGAUGGCUUUUGACGUGGAAGCCAGACGAGACAAGUGAGGACGGCAAAAAGGCAAAGGAAAAAUACCACGCGUAUGCAGAAGUUCCGCUUCGGCAGAAACACUUGCUUCACUGGAUGGCGAGGAUGAUUUGGUAUUUUUGCGAAUACUCUGGAGUGAACUACAAGGAGAAACACCAAGGCUGGCUUUACAUCAAAAUGUCCUUUAGAUGGCGCAUCACCUAUGAUGCAGAGAUGAACAGCGAAAAGAAGUUGAAG